CCUUCGGCUCUCCGUAGAUCACCGACAUAUUGUUUGUGAGAAGCAAAUUCUGGAAGACAAGGAGAGUGUUAAGAUUACAGCGUUGAUAUUACCAAUCAUCAAGGCGUAUAUCAGUAAAGAAAGUACGAUGGAGCCUUCAGGAAGUCCUGCGAAGGAUAACUUCAGGAUGAACCGCUAUAAGAACAAAGCACUCAACCUGGAUGAGAUGCGUCGAAGAAGAGAGGAGGAAGGCAUUCAGCUGAGGAAACAGAAACGAGAGCAACAGCUGUUUAAGAGGAGAAAUGUGGAGCUGCUAGGUGAAGAAGGGGGAAUGUUUGACAGUCCACUCAUGGAUAGCUAUGUCUCCUCCACCACAGCCCCAGAUGGAGUAAUUACAAGAGACAUGGUUGAAAUGCUCUUCUCAGAAGAUCCUGAACUACAGCUGGUCACAACACAGAGGUUCAGAAAACUACUUUCCAAAGAACCAAACCCACCUAUCGACGAGGUGAUAAGCACACAGGGAGUUGUGAAUAGAUUUGUUGAGUUCCUUCAGAAAAGUACAAAUUGCACAUUACAGUUUGAGGCUGCUUGGGCACUGACCAACAUCGCAUCUGGAACAUCUCAGCAAACAAAGUUUGUGAUAGAGGCCGGUGCCGUUCCUGUCUUUAUCGAGCUUCUCAACUCAGAGUUUGAAGACGUACAGGAGCAGGCUGUUUGGGCUUUGGGGAACAUUGCGGGAGACAGCGCUGUGUGCAGAGAUUAUGUGCUAAACUGUAAUAUCCUUCCACCUCUACUAAUGCUGCUGACCAAAUCAACUCGUCUUACAAUGACCAGGAAUGCUGUGUGGGCCUUGUCCAACCUCUGCAGAGGCAAAAGUCCACCCCCAGACUUUGAGAAGGUGUCUCCAUGCCUGCCUGUGCUGUCCCGUCUUUUGUUCAGCAGUGAUUCAGACCUGCUGGCUGAUGCCUGUUGGGCCCUCUCCUAUCUCUCUGAUGGGCCCAAUGAGAAGAUCCAGGCAGUUAUUGAUUCAGGGGUCUGCAGGAGGCUGGUGGAGCUGCUCAUGCACACCGAUUACAAGGUGGCCUCUCCUUCUCUGAGGGCUGUUGGAAACAUCGUUACAGGAGAUGACAUUCAGACGCAGGUGGUGUUGAACUGCUCUGCUCUCCCCUGCCUCCUGCACCUGCUCAGUAGCGCCAAGGAAUCCAUCAGGAAGGAGGCGUGCUGGACCAUCUCCAACAUCACAGCAGGAAACAGAGCACAGAUUCAGGCUGUUAUAGAUGCAAACAUCUUCCCGGUCUUGAUAGAAAUCCUCCAGAAAGCAGAAUUCCGCACCAGGAAGGAGGCAGCAUGGGCGAUCACUAAUGCCACGUCAGGUGGCACACCCGAGCAGAUCAGGUAUCUGGUGAAUUUGGGCUGCAUUAAACCUCUCUGUGAUCUGUUGACUGUGAUGGACUCCAAGAUAGUGCUGGUGGCUCUGAAUGGUCUGGAGAACAUUCUCAGACUGGGCGAGCAGGAGGCCAAACAGAACGGCAGCGGCAUCAACCCUUACGGCAGUCUCAUAGAGGAAGCCUACGGGUUGGACAAAAUCGAGUUCCUACAGAGUCAUGAAAAUCAGGAGAUCUACCAGAAAGCCUUUGACCUCAUCGAGCACUACUUUGGAGUAGAGGAAGAGGAUGCCAGUCUGGCACCACAGGUGGAUGAGAACCAGCAGCAGUUCCUUUUCCCCCAGCAGGAGGCUCCCAUGGAGGGCUUCCAGCUAUAACCAGCCUCCAGACCCUUCCCGGCCGCCCCCUGACCUUUACACCCCUCCCCGCACCCCAUACCCUUACCGAAACAUACAUCGGAAACACUCAGAGCGCAACGAUUGACAUCUGAGUGAACCAAAUUUCGACCUACGACCCAUGACCCAGACUGAUUUAUUUAGACACUGAGGUGUGUUAUAAGCAGGGGAACCAAUCCACUGCCCUGUCACACCCAAGAGAGAGCUGGAUUUUAGUUUAUUUCAUUUUGUCCCCCUCAAUGAUGCAGCUAAAUAAUCAUCCCCCUCAGGUAGAAAUCGUGGCGCUGUGUCCUCCUUUCUUUUUUUAAGGCAAGGUAUGCUUCAGUUUUCCCUUUUCACUGAAAGAUGAGAGAAUCGUUUGCUCGUCUAAUGA